CCAAGACCAUGCUAUAGUACUCGAAUCCAGACAUCACAUCCUAGAUCACAUGGUAUGCUUGGACUGCGAUGGCCGACACGCAAGGUCUGGCGGGACUGCCACUUUUGCGGACAAUCUGCACUCGUCGAACGGGCGACGAUCUCGGAUUGGAACUGCGUCAAUCCGUUGUGUGGGCAGAGGAAUCUAAGUCAUAAUGACGAGGUAGUAGCCGCCACUGCCACGGAUAGACCCAACGGUCAAACAGACGUAUUCUCGGAAAGAAUACCAUCCACCCCGGUGGAAAGCCCAUUCUGUGCACAAUGCGAAGAAAGCUUGCAGGCUAGUCUGGACUUUCGAUCUAAUUAUCAGCUGGGGGACGAUGAUGAAGCUUUCCGGAUAUUUCAAUGGGACAUCCAAGCUUUCGAGCGAUCCCACCCUCUAGCAUGUCCCGCCUGCGAACCCAAGAUCAAACGGAUCAUACAGGAGCGGGAUAGCAAGAUGAGGGAAAAGAUAUGGGCGGAGGCGACCGUGAGCAAAGCUGACCCGCUCGAUGCCGUGCGCAAUGGCGAGAGCGACGGAGAUCCUGGUACACUGGAUGGGAGGGCUCGCCGGUGGAUGCGGACACUUCGCAUGGAUGCCGAAUUAUGGGUCUGGAGAGCCGGUUGGUUGGGGUGGACUGCGGGAACGCUACUUUACGCCUCGGUGGCAUUCGCGGCAACGGCGACUCGGAAAUAUGCCUGGGGUGGUAUACUUGCGCAUUGGUUGACGAGACGUUGGAUACCCUGGUGGAGGGCACUUCGAUAUCGUAUGGACAGGGUCGAGGGGGAAGACGAGUGGCAGGCAUGCGAGAGAAUCAUCUCGACUCUACGCCUCGUUACGCUCGUCGGAUAUACGUUGGGCCUUGGCACCGCGCUGAGUAUAGGUCUGGGAACGGAGAUGGUGAUUCGAUUCUAUGCGAUCAGCUGUUUACGCUGGAUCCGGCCGGGAUCGAUAGUUGGGCCUGGACUCGAGCGCACGGACACCAAGGAGGUUUCCCUUCGGUCAAUCGCCAGAGAUUGUGGCAAACCCGUCAUCCGCUCGCUCGCCUCCAUCGUCACGCGGUCGGCACCGUUGCCACCCGUCAAAGAUACAUCUAUGGUAGAAGAAAUGGAUUGGGAACCGGAACAUCCACGAGCCGUCCCAUUACAUUCAAGCUUCCAAGAAAAUGCUCAAACGCCCGCCAAGAGAACGUUUCCGGCCUUGCAACCAACAAAGACUAUGGAAUUCGUCGUUUCCGCACCACCGAGUCCGCUUGACGAUUGGGCACGUUUCAAGAACGAUAUUACGACCGAGAUGACUCCCAUAACGACCUCUCCUACGUUAAUGCAUCAAGAAGAAACAGAAUCCCUAAGCGUCUCCGUUGAAGCGGUCCGACCGCAUACACAAACCCCUUUACCAGUUGUCUCGAGCGAAGCAUUUCGAAUCGGCUAUGCCUUCAGCGCGCUUCUCCGAAUUCUUGCUAUGGUUGCCACGUUGACAUCGCGGGCAGGGGCGACAGCGACGUCUCGGUCAGAAGGGUUCCUCGCCGAGGGUCCUUCUAUCAUUGAGAUGAUCUCGUCUGCCGGGUCGGGUAUGGCUCAGCGGCAGAGGGCGCAACCUCAACAGACAAUGACAACACGUCGGACUAUCGCGACCUUCGUUCAAGCACUACACUGUAUUCACCUGAUGUUCCGGUGGGUAUCGGCUCAUGCCAAACCCAUUCGGAUCAUCGCGCAAGCGGCCAACAAACACGGGUCGCUUAUCUACUGGAGGAUUUUGGUCGAGUUGUUCUGGGUGGUCAGCGAUGUUCUCGUCUGGCUGACAGUGUAAUUUGUACUUCACCAUUAUACCACGGAUCGAAUAUUGCAUUGCAGGAGGAAUCAAGACGUAUAGAGAUAGAUGCUGACUGCGCUCAAGCAGAAAAUGGGUUCUGCCUGGUGUUCAGCCGGGCGUUCCUUCGAAAGAAUGGUAUUUAAGGAUGUUAACGUCGGGCUCGAGAGCGG